GCCGUCAGAUACAGUGUUCCGGCGCGAGGCGAGUGGCCGACGUACGCGCCGUCGCCUCCUUCCAAAUCCGCGGCGAGCCGCCAACGAGGAAAACAAAAGGAUGGAAUUGAAAUUUGAUGCACUGUGGAAAAGGGACUUACUUGCCCUGAGCAAAUACAACGUUAAUGGUAAAGUUAAAGCAAUUACAGUAAGAAAUGAUUAUCCGGACUACCAUGUCCCUUAUUUUCAAGUUACUGAGGGUUUUGAUUUGAAAAAGGUUAAGAAGCUUAUGCUAGAAAGGGAUGUUGAGAUCGCCAAGUCCAUAGCAAACGACAUAAUCAUCCCAGACCCUGCUCCCCAAUGGGUGGCUGAUAACUUCUUGGACAAAUAUGCCGAAUUGGAGCCCAUCCUUGUAAAGGAUAGUGCCUGGUGCUUCCUCCGACUCUUCCAGAACUGUAGAGGCCGGGGCAUGUCAUCGGAUCUUACCAUCACCGCACAAACCUUAACCUUCAUGGUCAGUUUCAAUGCCCUGCGAUGUGCAAAAGUUGUAUUGGAGGGCAUGGCACCUGAGCUCUAUGGGAUGCACGCCAAUCCCAACUGCAUAAACAAAUUUGGACACUUUGCGCUCCACGAAGCUGCUGAAAGGUUCUCUGUGGACAUGAUCAAGCUGCUUUUACGCCAUGGUGCAUCGCCCAAUGUGCGCACAGUUCGCAAUGAUGUCAUUUUUGAUGUCAUUGAGAAUCUACUCCCGCUCCAUGUCACAUUUGAGAAUACUUGUCUCCAUAAGUAUCUGGAGGACAAUCUGGAGGACAAUCUUUCUCACAACCAGAGUCAUCUGGAUUAUAUCUACAAGCUUAUUCAUCUGCUGUGUCUACCUGAGAUGAAGGUCUUCUUGGACACAACUAGACUGCUUGCAGAAAAAACAAAUAAUGUACUUCAAGAGCUCUGGAAUUACAUUGAGGAUGGAAAAAUUAUCCAGUCUGCUGUUCUACUACUGGCUGCUCAAGAGCAGAUCCGUGGGGGCAGUUCUUCCAAGAUAAAUGGCAGUAGUAAGAAAAAUGGGUUUGACAUUAUCAAUAAAUGUAUAAUGAGGCGUUCAUUUGCCUUGAGAUGGGAGAAAGGUUCACAUGCAACGGCACCGGAGCUUCUGGAGGAAAGGAAGACACUUACUGAUUGCGCAUGGCUGCUUGUUGAUGUAAUUUCCCAUGCCGGUGAAGAUCUUUCUGCAUACAUUCAAACGCAUUCUGAGGUGCCCCAUGUGGAGGUCUUUCAACAUGUUUCACGUAUCCUCAAGGAGUAUGGAUUUUGCCCUAAUGGAGAUCCCAUGGACACUAUAAACCUCCAGCCUUAUGACUGCAGAAAGUCAAACGGAGAGUCAUGCAAAGGGCUUACAGAUGCAAACAUGGCAGUUAUGGAAUCGGCCAAUCUGGAUGCUGCAGAGAAAAAGGUCACAACUGUUGAAAAUGACGGUCUCUCCCUUAUGGCACGGCAACACACCAAACAAACAAAGGCUGUGAGAAAGAAAGUAGGCCGAGGAUUGGAUCCCACAUACACAAGGAGAAGUUUUUUUCCACAUUGGAGGUCAGUGUUACAAGCCCGGCUUCCUUUGAAGGUGUAUCCAGCCUAUGCAAGCUCAGAUCCUAGUCCAAAUCAUAAACUUGGUCCAAUGCCAAGGACCUCGCCAUUUACAAGCAACAAUCAACCCAGAAGGAGCUUUGUCACUGCUGCUAUUGGUGCAUUCAGGCUCUUGAAGGUGCUAAAGUAGAGUAGAAAGCCUAUUGGACUGGAGAUUAAGUUUUUCUCAUGUGGCUCGCGGCCCAGAAAAGCUUAGCAACAAUUGUUAGAUGCUCAAAUAGGCCCAGCAAUUUGGUUAAAAAAAGGCAUGCAAGCAGCCUUUUGUACUGUUCAGAAAGGCAGGUAAGUCUGAAACGAGAGGUCAUUGUUUCGAUAAGAAAAAAAAAUAGAAAUACGGGCUGGCUGCUUAGUUUCCUUAACACGUACGCUUAGUUUCCUUUGCACGUACAUCACGUCACGGUUUCUUUCCGUUUGCACAUGUAUAUUCGUCAAACGGAAAACGGACCUUACAAAAAAAAUAUUGUACAUGAAAAUACUUAGAACGGGACGAAACAAAGUGGAACCAAACCAAGAAUACCUAUUCUUUUUAAUAGUAGGUAUAGAUAUAGACUAGCAAAAAUGCCCGUGCGUUGCACCGGGAGAAAAUAAAUCAGACCCCUUAAUAAGCAUAGCUACAUGAGUAAUUGUUUGAUUUAUGACCCACAUCAACUAUUGUGACCAGCUUGCUUA